AUGAUUACCUGGCGUUCGAUCGUCCGUACCUUCCAAAAUAACCAUGCGCCCCUCAGAGCCCAAGUACGACAGUUAAGUCUGCUCGAACACCAUUCAUACAACCUACUCAAAGAAUUCAAACUACCAGUUCCACCAGGAGUCCUAGUUACAACUCCAGAGCAAGCCAAGAAUGUCGUCUCCAAGAUCAAUGCACCAUCAAUGAUAAAAGCUCAAGUCCUCGCAGGCGGACGCGGAAAAGGCAAAUUCAACAGUGAUGGCAAAAGCGGCGUCCGAAUGGUCAACUCACCAGACGAUGCCUUCAAAAGUGCCACCAACAUGCUCGGCUCCUACUUGACAACAGCACAAACCCCAGAAGACGGACUUCGCGUCGACAAGCUCUACAUCUACAAAGCCAUAUCCAUCGCACAGGAAUACUAUCUGGCAAUGACAUUCGAUCGGCAGCGUACCUCACCGGUCCUACUCAUUUCCUCAUCGGGUGGAACAAACAUCGAAUCGAACGUCGACAAUCUCCACAAACUUUGGUUCGGACUCUCAACAGGCAUAACCGACGAGAUCCAUGCGUAUGUCCAAGCCGAGUUGGGAUUCUCGGAUACCGAGAUGAAGGAUAUACACCGGAUCCUUGUGCAGAUGGUCCAGCUAUUCAAAGAAAAAGACGCGACGCUUGUUGAAUUGAAUCCACUGGUUCGCACGGAAGAUGGCGAGUUUAUCUGUCUGGAUGCUAAAUUAGGGGUUGAUAAUUCAGCAAGAUAUAGGCAGAAGGAGAUAUUUGCGUUGGAGGAACGAUCACCGGAAGAAGAGGAGGAGUAUCAGCUGGCGGAAUUGGGGCUUUCUUAUGUGCGACUUGACGGGAAUAUUGGGAAUAUUGUUAACGGGGCUGGGUUGGCGAUGGCGACUAAUGAUCUUGUUAGUUUGUAUGGAGGGAAAUGUGCGAAUUUUCUGGAUGUUGGGGGUGGGGCGACGAAGGAGGCUUUGUCAAGGGCUUUUGGGAUUUUGUUGAAGGAUAAGAGGAUUAAAGGGAUUUUGAUUAAUAUUUAUGGAGGGAUUGUGCGAUGUGAUAUGAUUGCCGAGGCGAUAGUUGGUGCUGCUACGGAGAUGGGUGGUUUUAAAUGUCCCGUUGUGGUUCGGUUGCAGGGUACUAAUAGUGAAAAGGGAUUGAAGCUGGUCGAACAAUCCGGGUUGGAUGACUUGGUUGUAGAAGCUGAGUUUGAGGAAGCUGUCCAGAUGAUCGUGAAGAAAACAUCCGGGGUGAAAUUUUAA